AUCAUCUGUAUCAUAAACAACUAAAGCUACUUCACUCUGUGGUUAUAUAUGAGAUAGUAAAUAAAUACUGGUCUAAAACUGCUGCUCUAAAUUGGUAAAAUGUUUAAAAUUGCUAUUUUAUUGGCUGUCACAAUUGUGGCGUGCCGAGGAGGUGCUCUUUCGCGGCAAAUCUCUUGUGGUUUAAUUCCGAAAAAUCUCCUAUCGUGCAUAGGUGAGCCACAUAUUGUAGGCAGGAGCCAUACAACAAAUUGCAGCCUGGCGGACAAUGAAUGCGACUCGACUGUCUGCGUAUUCAGAAAUCAGGGUUGGCUAGAAGAUGAUGCCACUGAAGGCAAAUUUAAAUUGAACAAGCAGAAGAUUUCAGACUAUUUCGACAAGUACGCAAAAGACCAUGCGAUCUGGUCUACCGCUGUUCAAGCGUUGAAGACCGAUUGUCUGGGGUCAGAUCUUCAAACACAAGGGUCGUACUUGAACUGCGCCGCUUAUGAUGUACUGCACUGUAUUUUGAAAAAUUUCGUUUGGAACACCCCAGCCUCACAGUGGUCCAAUAGUGCUGAAUGCAGCAUCACUAAGCAGGUGGUAGAGGCGUGCCCUCUAUGUCCCAACACCUGCUUCGCAGCCGCAAUUCCCAUAGGGUCUUGCAACGCCUGCUAUUUGCAGCCCAGUCGAAAAUCUUAGUUCCCUUUGUAGGAGUCUGGGAACAGAAGAU